UGGCGCAGGCGAUUAUCUGCGGGGCGCUGGGUGUUGUGUGUCCUGCGGGCAGGGCCGGAGUUACAAGCGCCAGGAAUCCAGACGGUCCGGACAGACCGAGAUGACGCCGAGUCCCGCGUUGCUGCUCCUGCUGCCGCCGCUGCUGCUGGGGGCCCUCCCGCCGGCCGCCGCCGCCCGAGGCCCUCCCAGGAUGGCGGACAAGGUGGUCCCACGGCAGGUGACCCGGCUGGGCCGCACCGUGCGGCUGCAGUGCCCUGUGGAGGGGGAUCCACCACCAUUGACCAUGUGGACCAAGGACGGCCGCACCAUCCACAGCGGCUGGAGCCGCUUCCGCGUGCUCCCCCAGGGGCUGAAGGUGAAGCAGGUGGAGCGGGAGGAUGCCGGCGUGUACGUGUGCAAGGCCACCAACGGCUUUGGCAGCCUGAGCGUCAACUACACCCUUGUCGUGCUGGAUGACAUUAGCCCAGGGAAGGAGAGCCUGGGCCCCGACAGCUCCUCUGGGGGUCAAGAGGACCCCGCCAGCCAGCAGUGGGCGCGACCACGCUUCACACAGCCCUCCAAGAUGAGGCGCCGGGUGAUUGCACGGCCUGUGGGCAGCUCCGUGCGGCUCAAGUGCGUGGCCAGUGGGCACCCUCGGCCCGACAUCACGUGGAUGAAGGACGACCAGGCCUUGACGCGCCCAGAGGCCGCCGAGCCCAGGAAGAAGAAGUGGACGCUGAGCCUGAAGAACCUGCGGCCGGAGGACAGCGGCAAAUACACCUGCCGUGUGUCGAACCGCGCGGGUGCCAUCAACGCCACCUACAAGGUGGAUGUGAUCCAGCGGACCCGCUCCAAGCCCGUGCUCACAGGCACGCACCCCGUGAAUACGACGGUGGACUUCGGGGGGACUACGUCCUUCCAGUGCAAGGUGCGCAGCGACGUGAAGCCGGUGAUCCAGUGGCUGAAGCGUGUGGAGUACGGCGCCGAGGGCCGCCACAACUCCACCAUCGAUGUGGGUGGCCAGAAGUUCGUGGUGCUGCCCACAGGCGACGUGUGGUCGCGGCCCGAUGGCUCCUACCUCAAUAAACUGCUCAUCACCCGCGCCCGCCAGGACGAUGCGGGCAUGUACAUCUGCCUGGGCGCCAACACCAUGGGCUACAGCUUCCGCAGCGCCUUCCUCACCGUGCUGCCAGACCCAAAACCGCCAGGGCCACCUGUGGCCUCCUCGUCCUCGGCCACUAGCCUGCCAUGGCCCGUGGUCAUCGGCAUCCCGGCCGGCGCCGUCUUCAUCCUGGGCACCGUGCUCCUGUGGCUUUGCCAGGCCAAGAAGAAGCCAUGCACCCCCACUCCUGCCCCUCCCGUGCCUGGGCACCGCCAGCCAGGGACAGCCCGUGACCGCAGUGGAGACAAGGACCUUCCCACGUUGGCCGCCCUCAGCGCUGGCCCCGGUGUGGGGCUGUGUGAGGAGCAUGGGUCUCCAGCAGCCCCCCAGCACUUGCUGGGCCCAGGCCCAGUUGCUGGCCCCAAGUUGUACCCCAAAGUCUACACAGACAUCCACACACACACACACACACACUCACACACACACUCACACGUGGAGGGCAAGGUCCACCAGCACAUCCACUAUCAGUGCUAGAUGGCACUGCCUCUGCGGUGGGCGCAUGGGGCCGGCCAGACAGGCAGGCUGGGAGGCUGGAGGACGGUGCUGCAGACGAAGGCGGACCCAUGGCGAGGAGGAAUGGCCAGCACCCCGGGCGCUCUGUGUGAGGCAUAGCCCCUGGACACACACACACAGACACACACUGCCUGGAUGCAUGUAUACACACACAUGCGCACACACGCUGCCUGAACACAGGCACACGCAGACAUGCUCCCGGAACGCAUACGCAUGCGUGCACAUGCGCAGGCAUGCUGCCUGGACACACAGAUAUGCUGCUCAAACGCAUGCACAUGCACACAGACAUGCCAGAACAUACAUGGACAUGCUGCCUGAACACAUCACACACAUGCACAGAUACGCUGCCUCGACACACACAUGCAUACACGUGCAGAUAUACUGCCUGGACACACACACGCAGAUAUGCUGCCUGGACACACACACACACAUGCACAGAUAUGCUGCCUGGACACAUCACACACAUGCACAGAUAUGCUGCCUCGACACACACAUGCAUACAUGUGCAGAUAUACUGCCUGGACACACGCAGAUAUGCUGCCUGGACACAUGCACACACAUGCACAGAUAUGCUGCCUGGACACACGCACACACAUGCACAGAUAUGCUGCCUGGACACACGCACACACAUGCACAGGUAUGCUGCCUGGACACACAUACACGCACAGAAAUGCUGCCUCGACACACACACAUACAUGCGCAGACAGGCCGCCUGGACACACACAGGCAGUUAUGCUGUCCGGACACACGCACACAUGCAGAUACGCUGUCUGGACACACACGUGUGCAGUUAUGCUGCCUGGACACACGCACACACAUGCGCAGAUAUGCUGCCUGGACACGAGCAGAUAUGCUGUCCGGACACGCACACACAUGUGCAGAUACGCUGCCUGGACGCAUGCGGACUGAGGUGCUUUUCAGAGGGUGUGCUGCGAGGCCCGCAGUGCGUGUGCAGUGAGGCUCAUAGUUGAUGAAGGACUCUCCCUGCUCCACCGUCACUCCCCCACCCCUGCCCGCCUCUGCCCUCGCCUGGCCUUCGAGGCUAUUUUUGCCACCUGUCUUGGGUGUCCAGGAGUCCCCUACUGCUGUAGGCUGGGGCUGGGGGCACAGCAGCCCCAAGCCUGAGAGGCUGGAGCCCAUGGCACUCCCACCGCAUUCUCCCCCUGCCAGCGAGAAGGAGCCUUGGUAUUUAUAUUUAAGAAAUGAAGAUAAUAUUAAUAAUGAUGGAGGGAGGGCUGGGUUGCAGGGACUGUGGUCUCUUCUGGGGCCCGGGACCCGCCUGGUCUUUCAGCCACGCUGAUGCCUGCACCCCGUCCAGGCCAGGCACCACCCCCCACCCCACUGUCGUGGUGGCCCCAGAUCUCUGUAAUUUUAUGUAGAGUUUGAGCUGAAGCCCCGUAUAUUUAAUUUAUUUUGUUAAACAUGAAAGUGCAUCCUUUCUCUCCAG